GUGGUUAAAUUCCGUAAAUUUGUAUUCGCAUUACGAUAUUUACUUUAUGUUUACAUUAUUUGCAAUUUUGCAAAUGUGCAUGCGGAUAGAUAAUAAGGUUUUAUCUGAAGUUCGCCUGGCACACGCAUGCGAAACGCGCAAUAAUUCACUUCUUCUCGCGCAGCGUGUGCUUACUUUCGACUCGCCUUGCAGAAGUUAUUUUAUUUUACGAGGCGUGGUGCGCGCGGACAAACAUAGAGCAAAAAAAAUUAAUACUUGGAAUCACAUUUGAUUCAUCAGCAAAUUCGUGCACUUCGUGCCAGUAUCCGAAAAAUUCAGUCCUCUACGCACCUAAUAAUUAAUAAUCGGCGAAAAUUAGGUAAUUGCAAGGCACGCGCGCGAGUUGUUCACAAAAGUAAAAAGUAAUUACGCGAUGCGAGAUUGUCUCUCGACGUAUUGAACUUUGCGAUGAGCUUCGACUCGUCAAACGCAUUGUGAUCACGUUUAGUAUAAAUCAGUCGUAAGUACACAUCGUAUUCGUGAAAUGUUAAAACGCUAGAAUUAAAAAUUAAAAACUCGUAUUAGUUGAACACGCGACCGGAAAAAAAACUACUAGAAACACGUGGUCGGGCACAUGUAAGUUGGCGAAUUUAAUUUCUAUUGAAUCUCAUCACUCCCAUGAAUUGAUUUCGUGCACAAUUAACGCGCACAGCAGUGAGUGAGCGAAAUAUUAUCAUCAGGAAACGGCAACUUACAAUACAGUCAUGUCGAACUGGUUGCCUACAGUCGCACUCUACACGACGAUUUUAUUCGCCACCAUUGCGUUUUCAAACCAGCUGCAAUGCAAUGAACUGGAGCAUCCCACGUGGCGAGUUUUUCGCAACUUGUCUGACUAUAGAAAUAAUAAUAGGACUUUUAAUGUCGUCGUUAAUGCUGAAACCAACUGGGUGCGCAUCAAGCGCCUGCCUCAAACAAAAUUAGGAAUGAAUGAAUUCAACACCACGGACGCUGGUUACAUUGUACGCAUGGAUCUCUCCAACCUGGGUAUUCGGACUGUCAUCAAUGGAACCUUUAAUGAUUUAUACUGUAUGGGAACUUUGGAUUUAUCAGAGAAUAGUAUUACUACUAUUCCACCAGGUGCUUUAGCCGGAAUGGUCCAUCUGAAAGUCCUAAAUUUAACGAAGAAUUUUGUUCAUCGCUUGGGUACCGACAUGUUUGGCUAUCUGAAGGUUCUGCACACCUUGGACUUAUCCACGAAUGUGAUCCAAACUGUAGAGGAGAACGCCUUUGACAACUUUCCAAAACUCCAGUUUUUAAAUUUAACCAAUAAUCUACUAGUUGAAGUCGAUUUUGUUCAAUGGUCACUGGCUUCCACGCUGAUUAAUUUGAACUUGACCUACAAUCGCCUCGAGUUUAUAAAGUUUAAACCCAACAUUACUUACCAAUCCUUCACUCGUCUGGAUCUCAGUUAUAACAACCUGGAAUACUUGGAUGUUCCUAAACUGAAGGCAAUGGCUCCCAAUAUGGCACUUCUGUUCAUCCACGGUAACAAAUUUCAUUGCGCGUUUUUGGAAAGGAUGGUUGAGGAUUUUGCAAGGUUCCAUUUCUUCCACAAUGUAAUGAAUUAUACAAACUACAAUGUUGAUGGUAUUGAUUGCAUUGGGAGAUUUGAUGAAGAUUUGACUUUGUUUGAUAAGACUCAUGGUGACCCACAGGGACCUGCUGAUAUUUUUCCAGCUAAGGACAUCCCACAUGGACAUGAUGCAGGACCUUCAUUAAAGGAUGAGUUUCUGAGGACGAUGGCUGCGAAUAAUCAUAAAGUUUUGGAAGCGAUUCAUAGCUUGAGAACCAUUAUUGUCUGCUUGUUUAUUUUUGUUUUGAUCUUUAUUUGUGGCAAUGUUUUGUUUAAAUCCGGCUUGGUUCAUCGGGCGUUGGGGCUUAGACCACAAAAUAGACGCCCACACCAUGACGUACUCGAUUCUUCCGUGGAAGUCGAGGAUUUUAGAUUGAUUCAAGCCAGGGUGUAGUUUUAGUGUAAUGUCUUUUAUUUUGUAACUGACGACUGAGUAAUGGACUGAUUUUUAAAUUUUAAUAUUUGUAUCCAUUCAUAAUUCAUUAAUGUAACGACUUGAAAUCAAUAAAAGAUUUUUUAAAUA